CCCACCCAACCAUCGCUCUCAAUUCAAUUUGCCUUUUCAUCUCGCGUUGGGUUCCUAUCUUUCUUCCGUAAAGCUGUGAUCUUCCAUUCUCUGUCUCUCACAUACUCAAACCACUAUAUUUCCUCCGCAACAAUCUCACUUCUGAACCAAAGUCCAAAACCCACCUCCCACUCCCCAGAAAAAUCCUAUUCUCUUUCUUCAAUUUCUCUCCCCUUCUCGCAAUCCCACCUCUCCGCGCUCUGCCGAUCUCCAGGAGAUUUGCUGUUCUUUUGUGGGCGCGCGUAGAUCUUCCCUCUUUAUCUCCAUUUUGGUCCAAUGAGUCGCUACGAUUCCAAUCCCUUUGACGAAGACGAGGUCAAUCCAUUUGCGGAUCAAUCGAAGGGAAAAGGACCAGGACAGUCUAGCUAUGGUGGUGGUGGAGGUGCCUUCUACAUGCCGAAUCCAGGUGUUGCCCCUGCAUCUUCAAGGCUUUCACCUCUCCCUCCAGAACCUUAUGGUCGUGGUGCAACGGUCGAUAUUCCACUGGAUAACGCAAAAGAUAUUAAAGCCAAGGAGAAGGAACUCCAAGCUAAAGAGGCUGAAUUGAAGAAGAGAGAACAGGCAUUAAAACGUAAAGAAGAUGCCAUGGCACAAGCUGGAAUAGUAAUUGAAGAGAACAACUUCCCUCCAUUUUUUCCUCUUAUCCAUCAUGACAUUGCCAAUGAAAUACCUAUCCAUCUACAAAGGAUACAAUAUGUCGCUUUCACCACUUUGUUGGGUCUGAUAUUGUCUCUUUUUUGGAAUGUUAUUGCUGUUACCACAGCCUGGAUUAAAGGAGAAGGUCCAACCAUUUGGUUUCUCGCUGUCAUUUAUUUCAUAUCCGGGGUUCCCGGGGCCUAUGUUUUGUGGUAUCGCCCCCUCUACCGGGCAAUGAGGACUGAUAGCGCUUUGAAAUUCGGGUGGUUUUUUCUGGCAUACCUGUUCCACAUUGGUUUUUGCAUCUUAGCUGCGGUUGCACCGCCUAUUAUCUUCAAGGGGAAGUCUCUUGCGGGGAUUUUGCCUGCCAUUGAUCUUCUAGGUACCAAUGCUCUAGUGGGGGUAUUCUACUUCAUUGGAUUUGCACUUUUUACAGUUGAAUCCCUUCUCAGCAUCUGGGUUAUCCAGCAAGUCUACAUGUACUUCAGAGGCAGUGGGAAAGCUGCAGAGAUGAAACGGCAAGCCAUGAUGGCUGCACUAUGAUGUGGGACCUAACCUAUCUACCACGAGGAUAAACUCCAUUUUUCGCCCACAACUUUGAUGCUCGUGCAUUUGUUGGCUUCUUUCGCAAGGAAGUGUGCAAAUUGGCGGUUUUUACAUGUAUCUCUUUGACCAUAGCAUUCAUAGAGGAACAAUAUCAGAGAGAUUAAAGAAAUUGGAUUGGGAGUUCUAUUGUAGGGUUUUGCAGGCAGUGAGGGGAACGCAUAUCCGAGUCUGAGGUGUUUACAUCUGUAUGCAAGUGUGUUUUCCUUUUUUGUACAUUUUUAGCUAUUGGUCCUUACAGUGUUGGUUGAAAAUAGCAGCAAAGUCUGUAGCUACUGUGUGGAGGCAUGGAAUUGCUAUGGUCUAACGGAUGGUGGUCAAGACUUGUAGUGGGAGGGAAAUGUUUGGAAAGGUCUCGACUUUUGUAGUCGAUAGGGCUUUUGAUUUGAUUCAGCUAUUAGAACAAACUCUUGGAUGUUAGUGUUCCCAACUCUUGAAAUUGGUAAUAUUAGCAUUCUAUCUGAACGUCUUAUG